GUCCUCUGAUGGCUAUAUUUAGAAUCAAGUUUGCAAACUUGUUAAAAUAUAUAUUUGUUGGGUAAUACUACAACAUGGUAACCUCAUUCACAGUGUUUUUGCUUGACGGCUAGACAAUUUAACUGCAAUAUAAUUUUGUUAUACAUUGUAGAAAUCACGCAUCAUGCGGAUGCAACUGGAUACAAACAAGCACACUUGUCGAGUUUCAGCCAUUGUUAUGUGGAAUGUACAAGGGGGGUUUUAAUUCGGAACAGGUCACGUAAUAUGUGGAUUUUGCUUUUAUCUCGAGUAUUCGAGUAUAUAUAUUUGAUAAUAGAUGUGUGUAGCUGAAAUGUGUGAGAAAUUUGUACAGAUAGAUAGUUUGGAAGAGUGACUUCAUUUGAAAAGUAAAAUGGAGGGUAUGUUUACGAAGAGUUAUGUUAAAAUUGAUCGCCCUCCAUUUGAAUUAAAACACAAAACAAUUCCUGAGGCAUUAAAGUACUACGCAGAGGCAAAGGGAGACGGCGAAUCAAUUAUUUUUGUGUCCACGGACGGAAGUCGCGAUGUUGUUACGUGGUCGGAGCUUUACCAAAAAUCUUGCAAAGUAGCAAAAUCUCUUAUUAAUUUGGGAAUUCGGAAACAGGAAAUCAUCGCUAUAAAUUUGCGAUGCUGUCCAGAAUGGUUGUAUGCUACAUUCGGAGCAAUGAUGGCUGGAGCAAUCCCUGUGAGUAUAACUUUUACGUAUACAGAUGGAAACGAUCUCAUCGCAAUGAUGGAAAAGCUGGAGAAAUGUUCACUGCUAGUUCUAGAUCCUGGAUCAGAAAGCUUUAACUGGAACAUUCUUCGUAGGCUUCUUGACGAAUAUGAGGCUGACGGUAAAGUUCGAAGUAAGAAAAUGCCUUACUUAAGGCAUUUGUUAGGUGUUGCGUUCGACAAAGAGCCAGAUGCUUCCAACGUCAAGGACUUCAGAGACCUUCUAGAGGAAGAUCAUCCUGACAUAGAACUUCCCGACAUAGAUCCUAAUGAAUUUUCCGGACUAUUUCAAACCUCAGGAAGUACAGGAGUACCAAAGCUCGUAGCGGACGUGCAUCUUAGCAUAAUGAAAUUUGCAGAAUCACAGGCAUUUGAGAUGAUAAAAGACAAGUACAUCCUGUUCAACGACCGACCAUUUAACUGGGGCGGGGGAUAUCCAUUUUCCGUUCUGACCGGUCAAACAAGGGUGACAUUGUUCGAGUUUUAUGAUCCGCCAAAGGACAUGAUUUCAUUUAUGAUUGAAGUUAUAGAAAGAGAAAGAUGUUCCAUGAUAUUUGCUCUACCUCCUUUGAUGCACGAACUAAUUCAACGACAGGACAAUUUACCCAACGAUUGGCCUGUGGAAGCUAUUGUGACAGCAGGACAACCUCUUACGAAUCGACUUGCUGCUUGUGUUGGUAAAGCCUGCAAAUGUCUGCUGUGCUUCUAUGGUGGGUCAGAAUGUGGUAUCGUGUCGGAAGCAAAAAUUACGGACCCAAAUGAUUUCGUUGAAUUUGGAUGCGGAAAGGUUGUGAAGUAUCCCGGUUUGGAAGUGAAAAUCGUUGAUGAGAAUGGUGAAAUUGUUCCAGUCAACCAAAGAGGAGAAAUAUAUGUUCGAUCUAAGAUUACAUUUAAAGAAUACUUCAAUGAUCCUGAAAAAACAAUAGCGGUUAAAACCCCAGACGGAUGGUAUAAAACAGACGACAUCGGCAGAAUGACGGAACACGGCCAAUUCUUUGUAGAGGGUCGGAAAUCAAACAUGAUUAUUUCGGGAGGUUUUAAUGUAGCUCCUGAAAUCCUUGAAAACGUCAUGAAAACAUUUACUGGUAUCGAUUUAGUAGUCAUAGUACCAGUUCCAGAUGACAUAUACUAUCAGGUUUUGUGCGCAUGUGUGAUAAGGAAACCAGGAUUUGCAGUAACCGAAUCAGAUGUACAAAAGUAUUGCCGUGAAUAUCAUACUGAUAAACCAGGGCUUUUCACCGUUCUUCCGAAAUUUUACAUGUUCUUUGAAAAGUUUCCUGAAACAAAAAGUGGGAAAACGCAUCGGAAAGAGUUAGAGAGGCUAGCAUUAGAGCGUUUCGGACCUUCAGAAGAGAAAUGUCUAAAUUGAAAAACUUCUAAGAAGACAUUAAGUUAUUAAGGAUACAUACUACAUUUAUUAAACAGAAAAAGUAUUAGGCGUGAGUAUUAAGAAAUAUACUGUUCAUAAAGAAACAUUGUACAGUGUUUGAGAUGACGAGUUAACAUGAAAGGAACGUGUUUCUUUACUACACAUUUGCUUUUGUCAUAUCUCAAUAGAUAUAUGUAUAUGUAUUGCGUCUCUUUCUUUUGUCACCAAAUGCCUAGAACAAAAGAAACGAAAGAAUAGACCCAAUCCAGUAAUCACGGAAUGAAUCUUAU